UAAUUAUCAACGCAUGGGGAAGAAGAAGAAGAAAGACAUAAUCAAGUUGGAAAGAGAAUCAGUCAUUCCUAUUGUCAAGCAAAAGCUUAUCACCACUUUAGCCGACCUCAUUGAAGAUAAAACUGAACGUGCUGAGUUUUUAAAACUCUGCCAAAGAGUUGAAUACAUGAUUCGAGCUUGGUAUCAUUUACAAUUUGAUGAUCUAAUGCAACUGUUUGCCCUUUUUGAGCCCGUUCAUGGGCCUCAGAAAUUGGAGCAACGCAACUUAUCUCCAGAAGAGAUUGAUGUUCUUGAACACAACUUCUUGACAUACUUAUUCCAGAUGAUGGAUAAGAGCAAUUUCAAGAUCACCACUGAUGAGGAGAUUGACAUUGCGCUUUCUGCACAAUACCGUUUAAAUCUCCCAAUUGUUGUUGAUGAGUCAAAGCUGGACAAAAGGCUUUUUACUAGGUAUUUUGCGAAGAAUCCUAAUUACGAGAACCUUCCAUACUUUGCUGAUAAGUUCAUAAUCUUCAGACGAGGCUUUGGAAUUGACCGCAUGAGUGCAUACUUUCUCAAAGCAAAAGUAAACACAAUCAUUGUGCGUCUUUGCAGAUGUUUUAUGACGAUUACUGGGUUGAAAUGCUUAACAAGAUUUUUCUUUGGCAAGAAGGUUAAACCGUAUAAGAAAGACUCACCUGAGCCUAUCCAACUCCAAAUCAAUGCCGAGCAAGAUGACUUGUAUGUCGAACGAAUCCGCAUUGAGAAGUUGAAGCUCAGUAUUUCCAAUUUGCUAAGAAAGGUCACAAUCCAAGAGCCUACCUUUGAGAGAAUAAUUGUUGUUUACAGGCGGACACCUGGCAAACAUGAAACGGAGCGGAACAUAUACGUGAAGCAUUUUAAGAACAUUCCAAUGGCUGAUUUGGAGAUCGUACUUCCAGAAAAGAAAAAUCCGGGUUUAACUCCUAUGGACUGGGUCAAGUUCCUUGUUUCUGCCACAAUCGGAUUGGUCACUGUUAUUAGUUCACUUAGCAUGCCAAAAACUGACAUCCGGGUCAUAUUUGGUAUCUUGAGCGCAGUGGUUGGUUACUGUGUUAAAACAUAUCUCUCGUUUCAGCAAAACUUGGUUGACUAUCAAAACUUAAUCACGCGGUGUGUAUAUGAUAAACAAUUGGAUAGUGGAAGGGGAACUCUUCUUCACUUGUGUGAUGAGGUGAUACAACAGGAAGUAAAAGAGGUAAUUGUUUCAUUCUUUGUAUUGAUGGAGCAAGGAAAAGCUGUCCGCAAGGAUGAUCUUGACCUGCUGUGUGAAGAACUCAUUAAAGAAAAAUUUGGUGAUGACUGUAAUUUUGAUGUGGAUGAUGCUGUAAGGAAGUUAGAGAAGUUGGGAAUUGUUACCCAGGAUGGCAUUGAAACAUAUACAUGUGUAAAUCUAAGGCGUGCUAAUGAGAUUAUUGGAACCACGACGGAGGAGGUUGUCCUCAAGGCUAAAGGUGGUGGCGAUCCUUCACACUGACACGGGAAUUGACAAAUGAAUGUUUAGAUGAUGUGCGCGUUAUUGUUCUUGUUGUUCACUUCCAUGCAGAUGUCGAAAAAAGCUUGUACACAUAUUUUCUUUUGUCUAUGUACAUAAACUCACUGCUAAUCAAUCUUCUGAUAACUAUAUUUUCGUAUAUGUAGCUUUAUGAAAUUUGCAAACUUCUUAGUUAAAAAAAUAAAUUCAAACUUCUUAUAUAG